AACGGCUUAUGAUGUGGGUGCACGAAAUUUAAUCAACAAACAGGUCUCCCAAUCUUCUCUCGUAAAAAAUCAAAAAUCGAAAAUGGCUUCUAAUAUACUCACGAAAAGCAAGAGCAUUAAAAAUGUAUUUUAUGCACCAAAUAUGAGAAGCUUGGUAGCCAAGUUGAGACUUAUUAGCAGAUCCAUGGCAUCAAUAACAAUGCAAAACAACAUUAAAACAGGAAGUGUUGUACCAACAUCCGGAUGGCAACACGAUCCAAAUUUUCCAUUGCCGGGGAAUAUUAAUAUCGACGUCAGUAUGUUGGAUUGCAGUGAAAGUAAAAGUCCUGAAAAAUAUCAAAGUCUGGCAAGUGUUUUGUUGCACACAAGAAAUGACACCUUUCGAAAGUAUCAUAUUGUUAAUCAGUUCCUUAACGAGAGCUCAGAAGGAGAUGUUGUUGCGAUUGCAUCUUCGCUUUCAGUGACAAACAAGGUGGAGUGUAAAAUUCAAGAAUGCCCUGCUACAAUGAAAAAAGAUUUUCAGUCGCUUUUUUCCGAUACACCAGAUCUAAGCAAUCUUACAGUUAUUACUAUCAGUCAAGAGACAGACAACGAUAUGGCAGUCUGGUCUGAAAAAGUUGAAGAAGAACGAGAAACAUUGACUGGGCUUUUCAUAGAAAAUGCAAAGGAAGUAUGUCGAAAAAUUCAAGAUUGUGGAUAUUGGGCUGAUUUUAUUGACCCUGCAUCUGGACUUGCCUUUAACAGUGGCAAUCAGAACAGAACUUUAUUUGAAACUGAUGAUCGUUUCAACCAAUUGGGAUUCGAUGUUGAAGAUCUUGGUUGUUGUAAAGUACUCAUGCAUAAACAAUGGAAGAGUAAUGUAUUCGUUGGUGUCAUUUUUACAAACGCACCUGUUGAAAGUCAUCUCUUUGCAGACAUGUAGUUUUUUUUUCUUUUUACAUUUUGUAUACAACAUCUUAUGUUUUAUAAUUUAAUUAAUAAAACUCUUGUGCAUGUAUAGUAAUCAAAUAUUUAUGUAGAGUUAAAUAAUUCUUACGUGGAGAAUAUGUUAUUUCGUA